UUCAAUCGGAAGGAAUUAAUCGGUUAAAAAUUCGUACUUAACUUGGCUUCUACGUUUGAAUAAGAAAAAAAGGACUGUGAUUUAUAGUGGCUAUAGUAUUUGGGAAAUAGUAUCUCUUUUUCUUUUUGAAACUCUAGACAUCACAUUAUUUAUUAUGAAAUCUUUAUAAACUCUCGAUACUUAGUAACAAUGUCAUCUAUCAUUUAAAGUUGUUCGAUGACAACUUAUUUGCAUUGACCGUGACAGCUUGCUUGCUUUGAAAUAUGUCUAUUUUUACGGUGGCAGGUGAUUCUUUCCUAAAUGUCGAAUAAUUAUUUUGUUUUUUAAAUAAAUAUAUGUUAUAUUUUCUUUUUUGUAAUCAUUUCUAUUGUACUUUAACACGAACGCUUUGUUUUGUGUAAUUAAUUUGCAAUAUUCUGGAGUUUCAAUGGGUGACAUAUUCUACAACUGAAUUAUUCGACAAUGCUAUUGUGUACAUAUUAAGCACUAUAAAGUGGAAUUGAUACAAAAAUAUCCUGUAUCAAGCAUGAAUAAAUCAGUUGAAAAUCUGUUAAUGUCUAGUCAUGAUGUAAUCAAUAGUAUAAAUUCAUCAAAUUUGGGACAUCAGAGUUGUGCGACAAAUGUAGGGAAUGGAAUAUCAACGGAGAUACCUCAAGAAACAAUAAAUAGCGGAGGUGGUAGCCCUAUAUCUAGUCCUAAUUUAUCUCCUCGUCCCAGUCCUAAAGCUCACUGCAGACGGGAAUAUAUUAGAUUAAAUUCCGACUCGAGUAAAGAAUCGAUUCGUGCGAAUAAAUCGGACGAUCAGUCACAGGAAGCGAUAAACAAGUCGUCUGAUUCAGUUGAUUAUAGUAAGAGUUCUACGCAUGAAAGUAAGAAAGAAUCCAGGAAUGGAGAUCGAAAUAAAAAGAAAUCAUGGUACCACGUGUUAUACCCAACGUACAAAUCUCGGUCCGAAGAUUUUAAACGAAUAUUUAAAGAUGUUCCAGACGAUGAAAGAUUAGUUGUAGAUUAUUCCUGCGCCCUACAACGCGAGAUAUUAGUGCAUGGAAGGCUUUAUGUCUCUCAAAACUACGUGUGCUUUUAUGCCAAUAUUUUCAUGUGGGAGACAUUGGUGUCUCUACGUUGGAAAGACGUUACAUCUAUUACCAAAGAAAAAACUGCGCUUGUGAUUCCCAAUGCCAUCUUAAUAUGCACCGUUAGUGAUAAAUUUUUCUUGACUUCGUUUGGUGCAAGGGAUAAGACAUAUUUGAUGUUAUUCCGUGUUUGGCAAAAUGCUCUGAUUGGUCAGCCAAUGAGUAUGGCUGAAAUGUGGCAACUUGUUCACACCAGUUAUGGGGAUGAAUUAGGAUUAACGUCCGACGAUGAAGAUUAUGUACCACCAUUAGCAGCUACAGACGAAGAGAAAUUUUCAACGCGAUUAUCCGUGGAAUCAUUUUCUGAAGCGGAAGGUGCAAGCAUGGAAAAUUCAACUUCCCCUAUUGUAGAACCAAUUAAUGAAAUAGAAGAACAAAUUGUAUCUUUACCUCCACCUCCACCUCAACCUAGAACAGAUUCAGUUCUUGAUCCGACUGAUCUAAGCGAUACGACGGAAAGUGAAGCUGAAAAGCAUACUGCAAAACUGAGCAUUCGUGGAGGUAUGAAAUGUACUUCUCCGCACGAAGGUCGUGAACUCUAUAAAACUAUUUUCCCUAUACACAUAGACCAGUUGUUCACUUUAUUAUUUACAAAUUCAAAAUUUUUUUUGGAUUUUCACACUGCUCGCAAGACCACUGAUUUGGUACAAUCUGCAUGGACGCAAAAUGAUCAAACUGGUCAAAAAAUGAGGACAAUAUCUAUGACAGUAUCAUUAACUCAAACAAUUGGUCCAAGGAGUUCUCAAGUUAUGGAAACCCAGAUCAUGUUGCCAUGCAGCAGACCAGGUCAUCUUUACUGCAUCGAUGUAGAAUGCACAAAUGCAGGUAUUCCAUAUGCAGAUUCCUUUAGUGUGUUAACUCAUUAUUGUAUGAACAGCGUAUCGGACAAUGAAACGAGCCUGACAAUAUUUUCACAAAUCAAAUAUAAGAAGAAUGUUUGGUCUUUCGUGAAAAGUAUGAUAGAAAAAAGUUGUUGGACUGGACUUGAUGAUUAUUUUAGUAGUAUAAUAAAAGCUUUGAAUCUAGAAUGUGAAGAAGGUAUCGGGAGUGCAGGAUUAAAAAGAAAAACACGUAGAAGAAGGCGAGCAACAUGCGCAGGAAGUGCAUUACAAAAUCACUCGCCGGAUAAUAUGUCUCCCAAUCAUCAAUCUUUACCUACAGAUCUGCCACAUAUACACAAUAAUAAUGGUGCCAGUACUAGGAGUGAUGCAGGCAUGAUAGUUAGUUCAAUGCUUCUGGUAGCUGUAUUAUGUCUGAUGAUAAUCAAUGGGUUAUUGUAUUACAAAUUAUGGGGCCUGGAAGAAGCUGCAGCUUACACAAUAAUGGAUUUACAUGUUCUUAAGAACACUCCAAAGACUGAAGAAGAUUGGAUAAAUUUGUUACAGCAACAAGAAAGUUUGCAUAAUGUAGAGGUACGGAAAUGGCAACGAGUAUUACACACAGCUGCACAAUUACUUAGACAAACUGAAGAAUCUUUAACAGAAUUGCAAAUGAGCAUUCAUCCUACUGCAACAGAAAAGAUGUUUUCAGUAUUAAAACCGACUCUAAAAAAUAUCAAUACUCGCACAGAACAACAAAGUAAAUCCGAGUUAUAAAUCCAAUUCAUUGGAACAAUGUUACACUCCUCUGUUAGUUCAAGGUUCGUUUCUCGUUGAUUCCAUCAGUGAUCUUGUGUAUAGUUGAAGAAAGGGGAAAGAACUUACCGAUACACUGUGAUUAUAUUUAAAAAUUCUACGAAAUAUAUGGAAUAAUUUAGUGAUAAAUAUUUAAACAUUUACCAUUUAUAUUUGGAAUUAAUGUUUUUCUUAGUGUUAUUAUAUGUAUGUAUAAUACAUAUAGUGUUAAUAUGUAUGUAUGAUACUUUACACAAAUUUGCUUUACACAAGAAAAAAAAAAUAAUCAAUUCUGUUAUAAAUGUGAUAAAAUAGAUAUAUCUAGCUAAUACAUAACAAAUGGAUUAUUA